AUAUCUAACCCUUUAUAACGUUCUCUCUCUUUCGCUCCCUUAUAAAAGCUCACCAGUUUCUUUCUUAACGCUUUACAAAACAAAAUAAUUGACGAGAAAGUUCUUCGAUCACGCCCGUGAAUUCUCCCGAAAAAGAAGAAAGGAAAAAGUUAUUUCAAUAACAGCUUCAGAAUUUACGAUUAUGGCGCAGGAAGAUUCGAGUUUUCCCCAACAGAUGGAUAAGGAUAAGGCAGAGGAGCAAAGGCUCAAGUAUCUUGAGUUCAUCCAAGUAGCUGUAAUUCACACAAUUGUUUAUCUCUCAAACCUGUAUGGUAAAGCCAAGGAGAAGUCUGGCCCUCUGAAGCCAGGCGUGGAGACUGUGGAGGGCACUGUCAAGUCCGUCGUUGGACCUGUCUAUGAGAAGGUCUAUGACAUCCCAAUCGAGCUUUUGAAAUUUAUCGACCGCAAGGUUGAUGCAUCUGUGACUGAGCUGGACCGCCAUGUGCCUGCAACCCUCAAGCAAGUCUCUUCCCAAGCUUUCUCAGCAGCUCAGAAAGCCCCAGAGGUGGCUAGAUCUCUAGCAUCCGAGGUUCAGCGCGCUGGCGUUAAGGACACUGCCUCAGGGAUUGCUAAAACAGUCUUCACAAAGUACGAGCCUGCAGCUAAGGAGCUCUAUGCCAAGUACGAGCCUAAGGCUGAGAAGUGCGCUGUUACUGCUUGGCGCAAACUCAACCAGCUCCCUCUGUUCCCGAGGGUGGCUGAUGUUGUUGUGCCCACUGCAGCUUACUAUACUGAGAAGUACAACCAAACCGUGAUUUCUACUGCCGAAAAAGGGUACAAGGUUUCCUCAUACCUGCCUUUGGUUCCGGUAGAGAAGAUUGUGAAGGUUUUUUCAGAAAAUGGUGCUGAAUCUGAGCCAUUGGAUUCCAAGCAGGGUGAAGCCAAUGUUGCUGUUUACUGAUGGCUUCAGCGCUGGUGUGUGCUUUUAUUUUCAAGGAAAAGGACGUGCUUUCUAUCGUAGGAUGAAAGAACUGUCAAUAUUGAUCCAUCUAUGUGGUUUGCUAUUAGGUUGUAAUGGUUUGUUUUAGGUUUAAUGUUCUCUGUUUUGAGUGAUAUGUGAUGAUGUUUUGGACGGAAAAAAAAAAAAAGAGGACUUAAUGAUGUGGCCUCCUGGGCGUAUUAUAUCAAGUUUAAUAUUCUGGCUUAUUAAAAUAUGUUUGACAUGUAUAUACUUGGAUGUUUGUGUA